ACGAAGCGAGAAGAUUCGAGUGAACGUCUCGAAUAAACUGGCGACAUUAUGAGCCGGGUGUCACCUCGCGGCGAUAGUCCUGUUGCUCGUGCGUGUGAGGUUGCGGGUACGCGGAGCCCUCGCAUGUCGCCAAUACAUACCUCGCACUUUUAAUCAAUAAUUCGCGGUGACAUUCGUCGUGAUGGCUCGCCUCCAGGUGGGGACACGAGGUAAAGCCCGGGUUUAAGUUCUCCGGGAAAAUCACGGACGCCCCACGAUUUAUCCUGUAUCCAACUGUCAUUAGGCGAUUGUUCCGUGGUGAGAUCUGGCACACUCGCUGUUUUCUUGCACGUUGUAACGUUAGAUUACUCAGCCAAGAGCGCGCGUCGGGUCUAGACCUGGGGCGCCGCGCUGUCCUGGCCGUUACACACAGUCACACACGCACGUCGGAGCUUCCACGCCUGCUCUUAUUACACUGGAUAUUUUACAUGUGAAGCCGUCGGACUCCGGGGAAAGAGCCUGAGCAGUUAGCAACCAGAGGAGCGGCUGUGCGCGGCUGGAGGUGACGGAGGAUUUCGGAAAAGCUUGGAUUUCAUUCUCGAAGUGACUUUAGUUUUUCUUUCUUCUCUUUGGGAAACGGACAAGAGUUAUUUUGGAAGAGGAAAAGAAUAACUUCAUCUCGAAAUGGCGACGGUUCUUACCUGUGAUGGACACUAUGGAAAAUGAACAAAAUUGUACGGAGCGGAACGUGAAGGAACUUAAUAACAUGUCAUGAGUUUGUGCAAUAUUAGCAAGUACUGACACUGGGAGAAGAUUGUACCCGAACACUGCAGAGACAGAGACACGAUUCCAAUAUUGCUGUGACAACACGCUACCUGCAGAAUGGACCUGAGAGAUUCGCCCGUCCUCAUGUUUACGGCCUCCACGCCCACGCCCACGCCCACCGACGAGUCCGACGCCCCCGCCUCCCCGCCCGUCCGCCCCGACGUGGCCCGCGAAGCCGCCAGGGCCACGGCGGGCCUCGACCUGCCGUCCCCCGUGGCGCCCAAGAAGCCCCGCUACACGGCCGUGCCCACCCAGUUCCAGCACCAGUUCACGCCCGUCCUCAACCAGUACCGGCAGCAGUUCACGCCCGCGCCGAAGCCGUUCCAGGCGCAGCUCCCCGCCUCCGACUCCAGCUACAUGUGGCCGCCCGGGGUGCAUGCCCUGGCCGGCCUCGACGAGCUGCUCAUCUGCCCGAGUAAAGAAUCAGUGUUCAAAAUCAAAAACGCUGAGAAGGAAGUCCUGUUCACGGCGGAGACUGAAGACGAGGUCGAGUGCUGCUGGUGGACGGGUUCAAAGGAGACGACCAGCAUGUUCAUCGUGAAGAACACAGAUCAUCAGGAAGUGUUCUACGUGAGGAGAACAUUCGAGCCCAAUGGUUGUUUCCUCACCAACAGUAGCACAUCUGAGACCCAAAUUUUACCUGAUGAUUUUUCCGGGCUCCUUCCCCCCCCCCCACACCCUAGGCCUCCCGCGAUGAGGAAGCGGCUGGUCUGGUGGUUCGGCCUCUUGGCGCUGUGCGUGCUGGGCCAGGCGACCGUGAUGCUGUACCAGAGAGUUUGGGCCGCCCUCCACAAGAGGCUCGAGGAGUUCGUUAAUGAGUACAUCAACGACGACAUUAACUACGACUACUACGAGGAUCUUCCGGAGGGCGUCUACGUCAGGAGCAAGCGCCGCCUCAGCGCCACCGUCAUGAGGAAGCUCCGGGACCUGAUGAACGGCUACGACUCGACUCGUGAGUCACGUCAGGACAGGAAAUUAGUGCUGUUCUGGACGUCGUGGUUCAGCCAGGCGUGGUGGGUACGCGUGGGCGGGGGCGUUGACUUGGAGGCCGCCCACUGUCCGGAGACAAAGUGCUACUUCACCCACGAUCGGAGGAAGAGAGAAGAGGCGGCAGCUGUGCUAUUUUUAUCUGCAGAGGUGAAGAUGUCCGACCUGCCGUACAGUCGAUCUUCGAGUCAGCGGUGGGUCUGGGUUCACGUGGAGGCACCGACGUCAGACGUCCCAGUCCAUACCACAGGCGAUCCUGGCUUGUUAAGGAGCACAGCUAAGAGUGCGAACGCAACUGGGCAUCGCCUGGAUAACCUCUUCAACUGGACCAUGACAUACCAUCCAGCCUCAAACAUCAUGGAACCCUACGGCGCCCUCGUACCCAGAGACAAUGCCACGCUGUCUCGAGAUGGCCCUUCCACCUCUGCCAAGACACGUAGGGGUUUCCUGUUGACGUCCUUGAGGCCUGCUUUGCUCGACACGGAGAGCCCCUUCUACGAGGCUUAUAUGAACGCCCUACAUGGCAGCGAGGCCUUCGAGGAUAUCAUGGGCCCGUCAUGGGUCCCCUACGUGGACUGGGCCACAGAAGACGCGGGGAAGGACUGGUCCGAGUUCCUGCUGCGGCCGAAAUUAGUAGCCUGGAUGUCGUCCCACUGCCAGACUCGUUCGCGCAGGGAGGACUACGUGAGGCAGCUGCAAGAACAUGUGCACGUCCAUGUCUACGGUGCCUGCGGUACUCUCAGCUGCGGCCGGCGGGAGUCCCACCGGAAGGACCGCUGCUGGCAGGACGUCCUGGCCCGGAAGUUCCUGUUCUACCUGGCCUUCGAGAACUCCGUGUGCGACGCCUACGUGACCGAGAAGCUGUGGAAGCCGCUGGUGCACGGCCUGGUGCCCGUGGUGCUCGGGGGCGCCAACUACUCCCACUUCCUGCCGCCCAACUCCUACAUCAACGCCCGCGAGUACCAGCCGCGGGAACUGGCACUCCUUCUGCGGCAGCUGCAGGGCUCCCCUCGAGACUACGCGAGGUUCCACCUGUGGCGCGCCUUCUGGAGUGCCACCCUUAGGCCGCCCCUGUGCGAGCUCUGCCUCAAGAUCCACAAUGACGAUGAAGCGUCGACCCUGAGGAACAUCCCAGACUGGUGGCGGGAUGUGGGGCGGUGCCACAACCCUGCGGUGCCAACCACGCUCUUAUGA